UAUUUUGUUUAUGAUCAGUCAUCGUCUAUUACAUCGUUGAAGUUUAUAAGAGAGUGUGUAAUGAUACAUAAUAAAAAAUUCGCGUUUUGUAAAAUUGAAUUGAUUCUCUUUGUAAUUAAAUUUUGUUUUUAUAUGUUUAUGUUUUUCGACUAUUUUAAACAUGAUGAAACAUAAAUUACCAGCAAAUUGGAUUGAAAUGAGCUCAAAGACACAUCCACAUAGAAUAUAUUAUUUUAAUAUCAAAACAAAUCAAUCAUCUUGGGAUAAACCAACAGUAGAACAGACAGAACAAAUUAAGAAAAAAUCAAAUGGAUCUUCUAAAAAACGAAAACAAUCAACACAAGACAAUGAAACUAAUGAAAUUCAAUCUCCUUCUGAAUACAAUGAAUCUAAAAAUCAAAUCUUUGAAAGAAAAAAACUUGUUGCAAAACGUUUUGUUAAGCAAACACAGAAAAAAGAUAAUGAAGAAAAAGAAACUCCACAAAUGAAAGCAAUUCGAGAAAAAAUGUUAAAGCGGAAAGAAAAGAAUAGUCCUAAAACUCAAAGUUCUAUAUCUAAGAAUGCUAUAAAAUCACAAUCUUCAAAAGUUGAUGAAACCACCAGUUCAUAUACAAAAGAACAUGAUAUUCAUUCAAAUUCAAAAACAAAUUGUACACCACAAAUGCAAAUACUUUUAGAAAAAAUACAAGAAAGAAAUGCAAAAAGUUCUAAAACUAAAAAAGUAGAGGAAGUCAAAAAGAAUAUGAUAUAUAAGCAAAAAAUAAUUAAAACACGAUUAAGAAAGAAAAGUUCCUGUAAACAGGAAGUUGAUUUAGAGGUCAUUUCAUCUCCUUUAAAAAAUAGAAAAGAGGAAGAAAAACAAAACAAUCUAAAAAUUGCAAGAGAAAAAAAUUUAAUGAACAAAAGAAAAAGUGAAGAAGGUAAUUCAAUUGAAACUAUACCAACAAAGUCAAAUCGAAGAUCUUUGAAGAAAAAUUUAGGAAAAGAACGUAUGGAAAAGUUAAGAGAAAGCUUAUCAGUAAAAUCUGAUGACAAUUUAAAUGAGAGUAUUUGCACUUCGAAUUCUUCUUCUAUAGAUUUAUAUGGAAAGUUACCAAAUAUUUAUAAAAAUGCAGAAGUUAGAUUGGUGCGAUUAAAGGAGAGAUUUUUAAAUGAUAAAACUUUUGUUAAUAAAAAUUUAUGUACUGAUAAAGAAAAAGAAGCAGCAAAUUCUUCUACAGAAUCAAUAACAACUGUAGAUGAUUUAAUAAAGCGGUCUAAUGAGAAUUCUUUCUAUGAAGAAAUGGAUUGGGAACCAUUGGAAGAUGAGAAAAUUAUGUUUGAAGUUCAAGCUGUUAGAACUCAACUUUGUACUGAAACCAAUGUAAAUAUGUCCUAUAAUGUACCUAAUAAUACUUUAAAAUAUCCCUUAUUAUCAGAAAAACAAGCAAAAAAUUAUUUAUAUAUUGUUGUUGAUACUAAUGUAUUUUUAACAAAUAUUGAUACUAUUGAAUUGGCAAGGGAAACUGCUUUUAAAACUUAUGAUCAUUCAUUAAUUGUAAUACCAUGGACUGUAAUAUGUGAACUUGAUUAUAUAAAAAAUGAUAAUGGUAAAUCAAAACCAACAAUAUUGUGCGUUAAAGCGAGAAAAGCUAUAAAUUAUAUUAAUAAACUUUUUUCUUCAAAUCAAUAUGUAAUUGGUCAAACACCAGAAGAUGUUGCAAAAAAUAAGGAAAAAUUUUCCACUGAUUGUCCAGAUGAUGAAAUUUUACAAACUUGUUUACAAAUUCGUGACUUAGGAAAAUCUGUUGUCUUAUUAUCAUAUGAUGUAAAUCUUUGUAAUAAAGCAAUGAUUUACGAUAUUAUAACACUUGGGAAAACUGAUCCAUUUGAAAAAGUUGAUUAUCUUAAUGCUUCUAAUUAUGUAAAUAGAUCAUUUUCUAAUUCUAAAAGCAAUGAAAGUUUCAAUUUGGAUUCUACAUCAAUUUUAUGCCAAGAAUUAUAUUUAUCAAAUGAAAUAUAUGAAGAUAUAAAAAGUAUUAUAAGAGACUUUCUAACAGUGAUAGUUAGCAAAGAAAUGCAUAUGUUAUAUGGUGAUUCUUGGGAAAAAUAUGUUAUUAUAAAACCACCUUGGACAACUGUAACUGUUCUACAGUGUGCUGUAAAACAUUGGAUAGCUGCUAUAAGCGAAUCGUUUCAAAGAAAAGCAGAAGUUAUUCUGAAGGAAUUAUUACAGAUAUUUAAAAAUACAUCCGAUAGAAAAACUUUGAAGGAAAAUAGCUAUAUCUUGAAUAAAUGUAGCGAUUUAGCACAAAUGGUUAAUGUAGAUAAACAUUCAAUUUUAAUGUUACGAAUUUCUAAAAAAAUUGAUGAAUUAAAAGAAAAAUGCCAUAAUUAUGAGAUUGAAAUAAAUGAUAAAAAAUUAUGUAAUACAAUUGGAAUUGAAAAUAACGUCGAAGAACAGGAACGUAGAGCACAAAAAGCUUUCCAAUAUUUUGAAGCGGCAUAUGUUUAUGCCCGCGAUAUGUCUGGUAUGGCAGCCGAAGCAAUUGGAAUGCCCUGUUCUUUCCAUUAUAAUAUUCUAAAUCCACUUCCAUCUAUAGACUACGUAAAACAAAUACAACCAGAACUUGCAGCAAAUGUAAAUAAAUUAUUAUGCAGUUUAAGCGCUGUAAUGGAACAAAUCAAAAAUUCUUGUACGGAUCAUCGAACAUUGAUGAAUUUACAUCAAACAUUGGUAACAUUUCUGCCUGAGACUACAUCAAUAGGAAAAAAUUUGAUUGAGAUUGAUAUAGAGCCCCUCGAUGUAUAUUGUUGCAUAAAAUUAAGGCAAGAUGUAUUAAAUAUAGGUUUACGUCAACUGCAAGAACUUAGUACUCAUCUUUGUAGAUUAGCAAGCUACAGAUGCACAUAAAUGUACAUUUAUAAAUAAUUGUUAAUUUUGUUUC